AUGGGAGAUCCUUUCUCUGUGCUAAUCACAAGCAAACUCAUACUGAAAUUAAAUUCCAUGAAAGUAGAAGACCCAUCAGCACUAAGUUACAAUUCAUUAAACAUCAUCAAACACACAAAACAGAGAGAGCCCGUCAAAGAUACUGAAUGUGGGAAAGCCUUCCUCAAGAAGUCUCAGCUCACAGAACAUAAGAGAAUUCAUACAGGAAAGAAACCCCAUGGAUGUAGUGUAUGUGGGAGAACCUUUUCUAAGGAAUUCAAGCUCACUGAACAUCAGCAAACUCCCAAAGGAGAGAAACCCUAUGAGUGCUGUGAGUGUGGGAAAACCUUCCUCAGGAAACUUCAGCUUACUGAACAUCAGAAGACUCAUACAGGAAAUAAACCCCUUCUGCAGGAAGGCAGAGCUCAUUAUACAUCAGAGAAACAAAGAGGAGAAAGGCCCCAUCAAUGCAAUGAAUGUGGAAAAGGUUUCUCCAGAAAAUCACAACGCAUUCUACAUCAGAAAACCCAUACAGGAGAGAAAUUUUAUAUACGCAGUGAAUGUGGAAAAGGUUUCAUUCAGAAGGGCAAUCUCUUUAUACAUCAGUGAACUCACACUGGAGAGAAACCCUAUGGAUGCACUGAAUGUGGUAAGGCCUUCAGCCAGAAGGCGUGCCUCAUAGCACAUCAGCGAUUUCAUAUAGCAAAGACUCCUGUAUGUACUGAAUGUGGAAAAUCUUGUUCACAGAAAUCAGAACUCAUUAAACAUCAGAGAAUUCACACAGGAGAGAAACCCUAUAAAUGCAGUGACUGUGGGAAAGUCUUCACUACAAAGACAAUGCUCACUGUCCAUCGAAGAACUCAUACAGGAGAGAGACCCUAUGCAUGCACUGACUGUGGGAAAGCUUUCUCCUACAUGUCAUGCCUUGUUAAACAUAAGAGAAUACACACAAGAGAGAAACAUGUAAAUUUAGUGAAGGUUGAAUAUUCUUCCACAGAGGGUCACAGCUUAUUAAAUACUAGUGAAUUCAUGCAGGAGAAAAGCCCUGUUAAUAUGGUGACUGUGCAGCUGCCUUCUAUGAUCCCUCAGACCUCAUCAAACAUCAGUGGGCUCCUCACAGAUAGGAAUGCAGUCAUAGUGGGACAACCAGUUGUCAGAUGUGCACCCUCAGGAAAUAACGGAAAGUAUGUACAGGAAAGAAGCCUUAUGAAUGCAGUGAAUGUGGUCAUGCCUUCAGUGGCCAAUUACACCUUAUUUUAUGUCACAAAAAACACAGGAAAAAACUGGUACAUUCAAUUUGGAAAAGCCUUGAGUAAUAAUGUCUAG